UGGAGUUUCUUACUGUAGGUACCAACCCUGUUGUGUGUGUAACACUCCCUUGAUUUAUUUCAUAACCCCUUGUUGCGUGUCGCGAAACGUGUGAGAGAUGCCGGAGUCUUUCGACUCCACUUCGUCUACCGACGAGGUUGUUCUUCGAAAGAAAAAUGCCACCAAAGGAAGCGUUAUAACGCAACGAGGAUGUGUAGCAUCUUCAUCAAUCCGUCAUCAAUUGUCCAGUGCUACAUCGCUGACCGACGCACUUCAGAAUGAUUGGAAAUCAAGGGUACCUCCUCAAGAUUUGUUGGUUGCCAGAACCAGAAAUGACGAUGUCGGCCGUCGAAGUGUUGCAUUCCUUCAAGAACGGUUGCACGAUUCAUCGAAAACAUGGGAAAAACGAGUCGAUGAUAAAUCAGUGGACGCGAAACGAUUUACCAUAGCUUCGAAGCUCGGCGAAGAUCCGGAUGCUCUUCCUUUUGAAAGUCAUCGAAGACCCAAUGCUCCAGAAAAGAAAGUUUUUCACGUGGGAGAUGCCGAUCACGCACGUCAUUUGGAGGUCAAUAUUCAACGAGAUGGGGAUGUGAAGAAGCAAGUUAUUCUGGAAUUCGAGGAAACUGCGCGCUCCAGUGAGAAACUCGACAUCGAGAAUGGCGUUGAGGAGUUUUUCAAGCUGAAGUCGCAUGAGAAGGAUGAAGUUGUUGAGAUGGAUUUUGGAAGUGUUCCUUCAACCACACCGACACAACUUUUGAAAGGAAUCAAGAAGCCUACUCGAGCGAACAUGCGAAAACCCGCUUCACAGAAUCCUGUGAAAGCUAGCAUGGAACGGGAAGCUCUCCUGGAAAGCGAGAUGAAAAAUCCUGCCGUUUUGGGCAAAGUGAAAAAUUCGGCGUCUUCUGUUCCUGGAACUGUGAGACUUGCGGCCCUGGCUGCAAAAAUUGACUUCGCGGCUGCAGCCAAAGCAAUCAAAGAUCGGGGAGCACAUUCAAUCCCUGAAGUUCAUCUUCCGAAACUCUUACUCGUCAAGGGCAGAAGAAGAAUCCAAGUGCGCUUGGUGCAACCUGUGCCGACCUCGUUGAAUGACGGUGAUUCGUUCGUUGUUCCAUCCCCGAAGGAGGUGGGUAAAUUCAGCAAUAAGAUUGAAUCGACGAAAGCUCUCGAUGUUGCUAACGAGAUCAUCCGACGCCACGAGUUCGGUGUCACGAGUGAAGCUGUCAUUAAGGAACUUUCGCUUCGUCGAGAGGAUUCGUGGAGUUGGGCUUCUGAUUCUGCGUGGGACAGGCUGCUGAAACACAUGAAGUGGGCUAAUGUUGUAGAGAAUCCUGUCAAACUUUGCGGACAUGCGACAGAAGAUGAAGAAUUUGAAAUUGCUAUAUCGACGACGAACAAAAUCUAUUCUGUGGAUCUAUCGGGAAACGCCCUGGUUCCACUGGAUGAUGCGUGGGGGAUCGCGCCAUCUAUUUCUCUGCUGGAUCCCGAGAAGUUGCUGGUGUUCGACUUUGGACCAGAAGUCUACGUAUGGAUUGGUCGGCAUGUUGAUCGAAGCACGAGGAAGCGAGCCAGAUGGAUUGCUGAAGCUCUGGUCAGCGAAGGAUACGAUUACAGCGCUUGUGACUGUUCUCCUUUCGACCCCUACGGUGUCGAGUCGCAUCAAGAGGUGGGGUCUGUUCGUCCUUCAUGGACGUACUUCAGCCGAGUUUGUCAAGACGUGGAGCCGAUCCUCUUCCGUUCAAAAUUCGCCGACUGGGGAACCACAUUUUCGAUGGGUUCCACUGCUACACCUUCUAAAAACAAAGCUAUUGCUUUUGAUCCGGUGGCGUUGGAGAUGACAGACGGCGAAGAAUUGAUGAAAGCGCCGCUGGAGCCUAUUCCAUUCGUGAUUGAAAUGGAAGACUUGGAGAGAGGAAGUUACCUUUGUGACGGGCUGCCGAAAGAAAUCGUCACGUUGAGCGUUACCAAAGAACUUGUGUGUGACAUGGCUGUGUCGCAGGUUAAGGAAUCUGACGUCGGAAUUUUUUACGAUGAAUUGAGCUAUAUAAUGGAGUGGAAGCACGAAGCUCGUCGGGUUCCGAAACGCCUCGAUGGCAAGAAAUCCCAGAUCCCAGUACAAGGUCGUAUCCGAGAGGCCAUUAUUUAUUAUCAUGGUCGAAACUCGGCCAAUCUGGAUCGCGGCACUGCUGCCCUGCACACCAUUGAAAACAGCAGGGAACGAGGUGAAAUCUUUCAUGUUCGGUGUGGAGCAGAGCCGCCGCUUUUUCUGCGCAUUUUGGGCUGUCCUAUGGUGACUCUAUUUGGCAAGGAAUGUGCUCGCACAAGUCCAAUGUUGUUCGUAGUCAUUGGGGAAGACGAAGAAGAAAUACUCGUGAGGGAAGUUAAGCUGGAGUUGAGCAGCUAUCGUUCUCGCGGGGUAUUCGUCAUGAUAGCGGAUUUGAACAUUUUCUUGUGGGCGGGAUCGGACUCUAGUAAUGCAAAUAUUGACUGCGCCAAAAAAGUUGUUAAAAAGUGGUGCUCGCAAGCGCCUUCUUUCAUUGGAGACAGACGCCUUAAAAUGAGGGAAGAAAGGGAGGGCAAGGAAAGUACGGAGUUCACGUCCGUGUUUGGCGGUGCGAGACCCAUUUGUGCGACGCUGGGUGCCCGAGAAGUGACGAAUCGUGGGCGAGUUUUUCAGCUGUUCGUCAAUCCAACCGGUGCGUUUGACUAUCGUGUUGUGAGCAACACGUGGGUUGGUAAUCCGGAAUUCCUGCUUCCGGUUUAUCCUGCUCUUCAAAAUCAAUUGUACGGAGUCGAUCAACCAGCAAUGUUUCUUAUCGACGAUGGAAUCAGAGGAUAUCUUUGGUGUGGUUGCACAAAAGAUUUGGCCGACGAACGCCCGGACAAGAUUUUAUUCUGGGACCAAUCGGUCAAGUGUGGUAUAUUAACCAUGCUCAGUUACCGAGAAGAGAAGAAGAAGAGCUCGGGUAUUGAGAUCGAUUUAGCGGUUGUUACGGCUGGUGUUGAGCCGCGAGAGUUCAUCGAAAUGUUCCCAGAAUGGAACGUUGAUGAAGAAGUGAAGAUCAGUAGCUUAGGCGCUGGUCACGUGGAAGGAGAAAUGCUGAAUCCCGAGUCAAUUUUGCUGUCGCGGAAAGAAUUUUAUCUGACUGAAGAAUUGCGCACUCAUCCUUUGCCUCCUGGGGUCAACCCGAAACUGAUUGAGCAGUACUUGAGCCCUGAUGAUUUCCAAAACCUAUUUGGAAUGGAGAAAGAAGAUUUCAAUACUUUACCGGAGUGGAAGCGUGUGGCGUUGAAAAAAGAGAAACAUUUUUUCUGAUCUCAAGAAUUUUCCUGCACGGAAAAGGACCAUAGAUUCCGAGUGUAUUGUGACGAAACCGAUGGUCGCAGCGGGUGAAGUACCUGGCAUUUACGGAACGUUUAUAUGUGGCGAGUUUUUUAUUUAUGCAAUGAACGGUCCAAAACGAGCAUUAUGAAGGCAACUUUUAUCAAGAUUCUCGAAACAAAAGCUGAACGGCUCAAGGAUGUGACAGAAGUAUUCCGUAUCUUCCGUUGUGACGUCUUCGUGUUGGACUUCUUUUUUUUUUAUUGUGGACCGGAAACCAAAAGCGAGUGAGCUUGUCAUUUGUGUUGACUUUGUUUUUUUUUUUGCAGAGAACCAGCGCUUCCCCAAAGCAAUGUUUUUUAUCGUGACCGCACAUCGAGUAAGUUCAAUGUUCGUGGUGGUUGAUGCUGAGACAGGUCAAUUGUAUUAGUCAUCGGCGUGACAGGAAUUGUGAUUCGACUGUGGUUUAUUUUGUUGUCCGUUUUUUUGCGUCGGAUUUGUCAUUUUGGAUGAGAGUUUGUGAGCGCGUAAUUUAUGUAUCCAGCGUUAUCGUGAACCUCGGACGAUUCCGGAUUAGUUAUUUUAGCUACUUGGAUGAGGCUUGUGUUGGAGGCAUUCCUUUCAUCUUGUGGCGAGUUUCUUUUUAGCGGAACGAAAUGCAUUAGGUUGUGUAUCAAUUUUAAAA